GAUAAGUUGUGUUGCGAACAAGAGCGGAGUGCGUUGUUUUGUUCAUAGUGUGUCAGCAGUGAAGUAGUUGAUGAAAUAAAUGAGCAAAAACUACAAAGUGCUUAUGAAAUCAACAAUAACCAAAGUGAAUGCGAAACAAUAAAGUGUUAACUGUGAAAAGAAGAGAAUUGGAUCAAAACAACCAAAUUUAGCAAUGAAUACAAAUUUUAGAAACCAGAAAAAUCACGCAUCAAUAAUUGAAAAAUAUGCAUCCCAUUAAAUUCGAAAAACAUUUUUACUCGUGGAUGUGAAUAAAAAAUUAGAAAGUCGAUAAAAGUAAAAAAAAUUAAAAUCGAAAUUCAUUCGAAAUUCAAAUGCUACUUAUGGCGCCGCGUCGCGAUAGCAAUAGCGCCAACAGCAGCACCAGUAUUUUAGUGCAACACCAGCUUCAAUCCCAACAGCAGCAACAGCAACCCCAGCAAAGUCAACAGAAUCUUCACGCAUUUUUAUAUUCAACAUCCUUAUUUAACGGGACAAAUUUGCUGGAAUCUACCAACGGCAGUGCUACCUUGAUCACCAACGGCAACAACGAUAGUUCUUCCACCGGAAACAACAACAUUAUUAGUAACGGCAAUAGCGUUAUGUCACCCAUGCAAACUGCUAAUCUGACACAUUCAACGCUAAAUGGGUCUGCCGGUGGUGGCCCGAAUACCCACAGCACCCAAAAUGGCCACCAGACCCAUCAUGUGGUCAGCAAUAUUAGCAAUAAUACCAAUAUCAAUAACAAUAUGAAUGGUAACAGUAACGGUAAUAUUCAUUCAAUUGAUCAAUUUACGCGCUGCUGUUAUCCCAAUGGGGAAUGCCUAAAGUUGGAUGCCUGUCUGAUUGCACUAGAUGAACUGAACGACGUAGUGCGAGUCCUUUGCAAUAAUGAGAACUGUAAUAUGGGCCAGUAUAUGCAUCGUGAAUGCUUCGAGGUGUGGGAGCAGUCUGUACUAUUGACUCUUAAGACUAUGGGCAGAGCCCGGUCGUGGUCUGAUCGUCAGCGCACCCAAAAUUUGUGGACCAAAAAGGGCUAUGACUUGGUAUAUAAGGUGUGUGUGUGCAAAUGUGGACAUGGCCAUAUCCGUAAAGACUUGGAGUGGUCGCCGCCACCCAAGCAGGCCACAACAACAAUGAACGGCGGUCAAUAUAGCAACGUGAGUAGUUCAACUGUUACUUUGAAUGGCAGUGUGGGCCAGCAGCGAGUUAUGUUGGUGAAUGGUGGCAAUACCAAUGGAAACGGUAUAAGCAAUAACUCUGCUGAAGACGAUGAAAAAAAGAAGAAGAAGAAACGAAAUCGAAAUAAUGCUUCUAAAUCAACACCGACAUCCGCAAACUCAACUGGCUUUGUGGUUGCAAAUGGACAGCAUCAACAACAGCAGCAGGUACAAAUGCCAACAUCCACCCCGCAGACCCAACAGGCCUUGCAACAACAACCAACAUCGCAGGUUGUUAAUCAGCAGCAACAACAGCCAAACACACUGCUCAAUGGCCAACAGAAUGGUUGUGGAAAUAUUAGUAAUGGCAUCAGUGCCAUAUGUACCACCAACAAUACCAGCAAAACUGUCACUGGUAACCCAGCCACCGGCAAUACCAUCAACACGUUAAUUAGCAACAACAAUAAUAAUAAUCAAAUAAAUGCGUUAGUUUCGUCAAGUGUUGGCGUUAUUGGCUCUGGUUUGCACAAUAGCAACAACAAUGGUAGCAAUCAACCACUGCAAGUACAAGCUCAGCAGCAACAACAGCAGCAACAGCAAGCUGUUGUCUCAUUGAAUAAUAUUUUGGGCUUAGAUUUGCGUGCACGAGCCGACAGCUUGUCAUCGAGCGGUGGAGAUGGCAGCGGGUCCACAUCGCCCUCAGCCUCCCACUCAAGCGCCGACAUUUCCAUUUCGCCCAUACACCAACAGCAGCAGCAGCAGCAACAGCAAACCAAUCUGCAGUUGCAACAGUACCAGCAGAACUUGCUGCAGCAGAACAAUUUAUCAAAGAGCAUUUUGAAUGGUGCAUUAAACGGCUGUGCCGACACAAUCCAGCGUAGUAAUGCACUCUUGGCGGCGACUGUUGCUGCGGUCGCUCAGCAACAGCCUGCGGGCACAGCAGUUGUGGGCGGCAAUAUUGGCGCCGUAAAUGGUUUGAAUGGGUUAAAACAAUUGAGUCUUUAUGAUCAGCAUUUGGUGCAGCAGCAGAAGAAUAAGGAGGUGGAACUCUACUCGGAGCGUGUGCGUUUAACAUCCGGCUGUAACGGUAUCUUCUCGCGUCGCUUGGAUUUUUCUUCAUUCAAUUUGUUGCCGAAAACGCGUUUAAAUUCUUAUCAAGUUAAGAUCGAAGACGAAGGCAACCAUGGUAACGACGAGACUCGUCUCUUCAUCUUAUCUUCUUUGGCACAAUCGCAAAUGAGUCGCGUCGCUUGUAUUUUAUGCGAGGAGCCGAUGCUCGUGUUCGAUCGUUAUCCACUCGUCGACGGCUCAUUCUUUUUAAGUCCGAAGCAACAUUCAACCGGCUGUAUUGAGGUGAAGUAUGAAGGCAGACCGUUAUUUUUAACGUGCGUAUGCAUGGCUUGCUUGGAUGGCCUCUCCACCAAUCGUGUCAUCAAUUGCAGAUUCUGCGGUGAAAUUUGGGAUGGUUCAAAUCUAGUCCUUGGCACCAUGUAUUCAUAUGAUAUUUUCGCCGCAAUGCCAUGCUGUGCUGAGCGUCUUAAGUGCAAUAAUUGCUUCAAAUUGCUCUUGCACCCACAGCAGCGCCUCAACUUCUAUAGCGACUAUUCGCAUUGCGUUACUUGUCCUUAUUGCGCUACGCAGGACACGCACUUUGUCAAGCCGCUGAGCUUCUGCUACACCAAGAGCAAUGUUGUGCGCCAUCAGUCCAUCGCAUAACAUGAGGCCCCGUUGGAGUCCACAGAAAUGCUGACGGCAGUUGCAACAGCCGCGACAACAACUUCAGCAGCAGCAAACGCAGCCAGCAUUGCCGCUCCAACGGCCAAUAAUAACAGAAAUAAUAAUAAUACUAACAGCAACAACAUGCAGGCGAAUAAAAUUGUGCUCUAUAAUCCAUCAAUUGACUACUCAGCACCACUGCAGCAACAGAUCAAUCCCGACAUCAUCGGUGCCCAUCCACAUGCCCAGCAAUAUCAGCAGCAGCAAAGCACUGGCGGCGCGGCCAACGGUAGCGGAGCUACACUACACAACACAAACCAGGUAAGACAGCCACUACAACUACUACAGCAACAGCAACAACAAAACCCGCAGGGCCAGCAACAGCAGCAAGCACGCCUCUCGUCGUUUGCACCGAAUGUGGCGGCUGCUCGUGUGUCCCUGGCCGGCUUGGCAGCUGCCGCAACAACAAGUGCAAAUGCUCAAUCAACACAGCAGCAGCAGCAACAACAACAACAACAGCUUCAACUGCAACAACAAAUGUUGGCAACACUAGCACUACCGUUAAAAUUAAGUGAACAACAAUGUAAUCUAAGUAAUUUGCAUUUGAAUAAUUUUGCUAAUGAAAUGAGUCCGAUUAAAUCUGGUGGUAUCGACCAGCAGCAACAACAACAAGCACACAAUAUUAUUGCAAAUAACAGUAAUAACAACAAUCAGAAACAGGUGGUAGGGAUAUUAGGGCGCAAUGUAGGCUCUAACGGUUUACUAGCAAACAAUAGUGUCGGUAGCAGUAUUAGUAAUUUAUUAAUUAGCAAUAAUUUACCAACAACCGCAACAGCAGUCGCAGCAGCCAUCACCGAGAGCGGCUUAAACCCCGCAAUACCAGCCAACAGCAAGUUGACUGCUCUGUGGAGUCAACCGCAUGCCACAACCAAACAAUUUAGUCUUGCUGACGGCAACACUGACGCUGGUAGCAUCUUCGCCAACUCCACCGGCACCGCGGAUGCCAUCUCAUCGCUGUGGGGCUGCUCUACCUCUUCCGCCUCGAGUGGCGCCUCAUCCACCAGUGGCUGCUCAAGCGGCUCCGGCUCUCAGCCGUCACUGAGUCCCACCUCUACUGCAUCGACUCGACCGGAUUACCGCAGCAGCAACAGCAACAGCAAAGAGCCACUAUGGUCAUCGUCAACACUAACGUCGCCCAACAGCAACAAAAAACUCAGGGAUACAUAUUUCAUUGCUAAGGGGGGCAUAGCCAUAGCCACAGCAAACGGCGGUGGCGACAGUGGUGGACAACAAUCCACAUCGCCCAGCGCAAACUCAACUUGCUCCUCCACUGCAUCAUCGGCAUCCUCGACAUGUUCCUCCGGCGUAGGCUCAAACGCUGCCAUUGACGUUGGCGUAUGGUCCAACGCCAAACUGCAACAAUAUUUUGGCACUGAUACCUCUAAUGCCACCACAGCCGAGGACUUAUCGCAGUUCGCCAAGAUUAGCAACAUUUGGGACAUACCCAACGCCGCAGCAAACACAACACGCGCCACAGACCUAUUCUGGUGCAACAAUACGGACAAUGGUCUGCGUGUCAUGAGCAACCCAAAUGCUGAGUUCGAUUUGGGUGAGUCAAUUGACUUUAGCGAUGCCUCGAACAUUUGGCGCACCAGCAGCAACGUCGGCGUAGCCGGCCCCAACAAACCCCUUACCACAACAGCUGCACCAGCCAACAACAACAGCAACAACAAAGCAGAGCGUGCCAAUUUAUCAGUUGGGGGCGACGACGGCAACGGUGUUGUGGGAGUUCAAGGGGAGUCAGAGGGCGGCGCAGCUUGCAUGCAGUUGUUUUCGGAGCAAUUCCUCAAUUAUAUGAAUAUAAUGAAUUAUGCAGAAUAAGCAUUUUUGCCAGAGUGGCGAAUGAAAAAAAUAUUAGUGAAAUUGAUUAAAAAUACACAAAUGAAGAGAAAAUAUGUAUUUGGACAGUGCGGCAAGCAGCAGAAAUACGAUAUAGCCGGUGAGGAAGUUUUGAAACUAACCAAACAAGCUAAUUGAAAUGUUGAAAUGAUGGGAGAUGAAAAUAAAAUUUUAUACAAAUAUUUAUAGUAGCAAAAGCAUUAAAACUGGCAAAUGAGUUUUAUUGCGUUUAAUUUUUGUAAUGCAAAUGUGAUUGAUUCGUGUGAAAAAGAUGUGGAAAGGUGAAUUCAAAGUGCAGUCGUUUGAAAAACGAAACAACUGCGGCCUCUCUUCGUCAUACAAAUAAAAGAGUAAUGUAUAAGACAUUUAAUAACAUUGUUAUUUAGUUAAAAAAUAAUAAUCAUUAUGAUUUUCAACUGCAGAAGUAACUGUUUAAUGGUUAAAAACAACAAAGUAGUCCAUUUAGUUUAGUUUAUUUUUUUAGUUGUAGUCUAAUUUAAUUUUUCGCAUUGUGCAGAAUCGAGUGGAGCCUUUUGCGUUGGGCAAUAUUAAAAUAUUUUGUGAAUAAUUGCGCAAGUUUGUUUUUCAAUGGAAUAAAAAUAUAAUUGUGCUGAAACAGAACAAAAUGGAACAUAUUUCUGGUAUUCGAAUUUUGUUUUCCAAACAUUAUACUUAUUUACUUCAUCCAUACAAUUAAAACUCAUCUAUGAAAAAUUUUAACUUUCAGAAGCGAAAAACCCAAAUUCCAGGAAAGCAAUAAAACCCAAUUUAAAUUUAGUUCCUAGUUGAUUUAAUAAAAUU